AUGAAACCUAUAACUAUUAGAUAACAUGAUCAACUUUUAGUCUAUGAUAAAUAAAAUUAAUUUGCUGAAAUCAAGAUAACAAGUUUUUGUUAAAUUAAACAAUAACUAUUUGAAUUUUAUCUUAAUUAAAUUUCUUCUGUAAAAACUCUCAAAAUUGAUAUAAAUGAAAUAUACUUAUCUUAAAAGGACCAAAGUUCAACAUUUUAUUAACUCCGUGAUUUAUUAAUGCUUAAAGUAACAGGUGAAAUGAAAAAUUUGGAAAAAAUUAGCAUCAAAUACUACAUUUAAGAUCUUUAUUCUUAAAAUAUCAAGAAAGUUGUACAGUUUAUUUAAAAUACUUAAAACUGCGCCAAAGUUAUUGAAGAUUGCUCAGUUUAAAUUGUGUAUAAAAAAUCUUUAAUGCAUUUAGACAAUAUUUUAGAAUCAAUAAAUAAAUAUUUUUCCUGCAUUGCUGGCAAUAUUACUUCCUUCACCCUUAGACUCUAAAGUGAUAUUGGAAAAGAAAGCUUGCUGAGCUUAUCUUAAUUGUUACUUCUACUUAAAAAUGUUAAAAAAUUCACUUUUUAAGCUUCUAGUUCUUUGAAUUUGAAAACUGAUGAAAACUUAGGUUAAUUUAUAUAAUCUAUGAACAACAUUAUAAAAUCUACACACUCAUUUAUAUUUGAUAUGAAGGAAGCUUCUUAUUAGCGUGGUGUUAUUUCAUCAAUUACUGAAUAUCUUAGUCUACUGAUUUCAUAGGGAAGUGAAGAAUUAAAAACUGUUAUUAUUGACUUAGAAAAAGUAGGAUGGACAUUUGAAAGAUAAAAGAUGAUUAAACCUAAUUUCGUAUUUGGUAUUGCUACUUAAAUGCAUAAGUGGCCAAAAAGCAUCCAACAUUUGACCAUUAAUUUAGACCGUGCCUUAAGCUUUAAUGAAAAUAUUGUUGGUGAUAAUGUUAAGCUUUUACUAGAAGGAAUUCAUCAAAUAAUUCCUUAAUUAUAAACAUUUUCUUUAAAUUUAGAUGGCAUAGGUUUUAGUAUGAAUGAAUUUCAAGUAAAUUUUGCAGAAAUCCUUUGCUCACUCUUCAACAACGCUAAAAAAUUAACUGACAUUCAAUUAAACUUACAAGGUCAUUUAGAUUUGACAUUAGACUAAUGGACUUAACUCUUUUAGAGUAUUACAAAUGUUCCCUGCCUUAAAAAAUUAAUUUUAGGUAUAGAAAGAUGGAAAAAUUAUACUAAUGAUUUUGAAGCUAGAGAUUAAAGAAUGCUAAUUAAUACUUUUCUUGAUAAUCUAUAUAAAAAUCACAAUAAAUCCUUAAAAUAAUUCCAUUUCAACAUUGAUGAUUGGUAAUAUUUAUAGAGUUUUAAAUCUGAGUAUGCCUAAAAGCUAAUGAAAUUUGAUUUUGUAGACGAUUUUUAGCUCUUAUAUUAUAAAUCCACAAAUGAUGACUCUUUAAAAAAUCUUUAAUUGAUAGAAGUCAUGGGUCUUAACAAAAAACAAGAAAUAUAUAAAUAAAUUUUGCUUAAAAAGCUUGGACUUUAGUUACCAAAAUAAUCUGCUAUUGAAUUUGAAUAUCUCUAAAGCGAAUAUCUUGAUAAGCAUGUUAAGUAUUUCUUAUAAUUACACAAUCAAAUAUCUCAAGAUUCUCCAACUUUUUCAUCUGUAAAAAUAGUUGAAGAAUGA